CUCUCAAGGUUCUGUCCACACUUGAUUCCAUUUCCCUGAUGUACCCUUUCUUCUAUCGGCCUAUGUUUGAGGUCAUAGAGGAUGGAUGGAAUUCAUUUCUUCCACAGGAUGUCUUUAAAGAUUUGGAGUCCAUGACAGACGAGUGGAGGCUGAGUGAAGUCAAUAAGGACUUCAGCGUGUGUCCAUCAUACCCGUCUCUGGUGGCAGUCCCUAAAGACAUUGAUGAUGACUCGCUGAAGAAAGUAGCCACAUUCCGCCAUGGGGGCCGCUUCCCGGUUCUCAGCUAUUAUCACAAGAAGAACGGCAUGGUGAUGAUGCGAGCAGGGCAGCCCCUGACGGGUACCAAUGGGCGACGGUGCAAGGAGGACGAGAAGCUUAUCAAUGCCACGCUGAGGCCCGGAAAACGGGGAUACAUCAUCGAUGUGCGCUCAAUCAACAUUGCCCAGCAGGCCAAAGCUCGGGGUGGCGGAUUUGAAUCUGAGGGUAACUACCCUCAGUGGAGAAGGAUCCACAAGACCAUUGAGAGGUAUAAUGUCCUCCAGGAGAGUCUGAUUAAGCUUGUGGAGGCUUGUAAUGAUCAGUCCCACAGCAUGGACCGCUGGCUGAGCAAGCUGGAGGCCUCCAACUGGCAGACUCACGUCAAGGAGAUCCUCACCACUGCUUGUCUGGCGGCGCAGUGCAUCGACAGGGAGGGAGCGUCGGUGCUUGUGCACGGAACAGAAGGGACAGACUCCACCCUGCAGGUGACCUCCUUGGCACAGAUCAUCCUUGAUCCAGCCUGCCGGACCAUCAAAGGCUUUCAGGGCCUGGUGGAGAGAGAGUGGCUCCAGGCGGGCCACCCUUUCCAUCAGCGCUGCGCCCAGUCGGCCUACUCCAACAACAAGCCUCGUUUGGAGGCCCCCGUCUUCCUGCUCUUUUUGGACUGUGUGUGGCAGAUCCUUCGGCAGUUUCCCUGCUCCUUUGAGUUCAGCGAAAGCUUCCUGGUGCUGCUCUUCGAACAUGCCUAUGCCUCCCAGUUUGGCACGUUCUUGGGCAACAGCUCAGCCGAAAGAGCCAGACUGUCUCUGCCUGAAAAGACUGUGUCCCUUUGGUCAUGGGUUAACAGGCCACAGGAGCAGGAGCGCCUGACCAACCCGCUCUAUGAAGCCAACAGCCUUGUAAUCUGGCCCUCUGUGGCCCCUCAGAGCCUUCUGCUGUGGGAAGGAGUCUUCCUACGUUGGAACCGGUCCUCCAAAUGUUUGGAUGAGGCUUAUGAUGAAAUGGUGCAUAUAAUUGAAUAUAACAAGGAACUUCAGACCAAAGUAAACAGCUUGCGCAGACAGCUGGCCCAACUGGAAACCGAAGAUCCCCUGUUACAUACACCGUAGAAAUGGAGACAAAGAGCCACAAAGAUUAGCGAGAUGGAGGGGAAUGACAGGGAGAAAUGAAUAAAAUAACAGCAGAAAAAUUCAUCAGAACAGCUGCUUAAAAUUUUGAUCAAUUAUGUAAAGACAGCAUAAUGAAAAUGAACGUUUUAAAAUCUGAAUUGAAUCCAUUGUUCUUGACGGACUGGAAAUAUCCUAAACAGGAUGUAAAAUGUGUGUUUUACCAGGCUCAGUCACAGCAGACUUAGCAGGAUUUGGAGAGAAUCAAACUACUCGCUUACGCUCAUUUCCAGCCUCAGACGUGAGGGGAACCGCUUACCUUGUCUUGUGUAUUUGCUAACAUUCAGGUUGCACUGUAAUAAGACAUUCAAAAAUACAGAUUUCACAUUUUCACCCUGCUGAAUGCAAACAUGACUGAAGUACUGCCGAGUAACUAUGGAAACAUAUGAGGUGCCAUAAGGCAGUGCGUGACUGCGGCAUGUGGAGAUGAGCGUGUAGGCUGGGUCAGCACCCGCUGUACUCCAACAGCGUGGGAGAUUUUCUAAUGUGUGUCCCAUCAAAAUAUUGUGAGUUUGCUUGGUUUGUUGGAUCAUUAGUCGGCCAGAAGUUACAGAAUGAAAUCAUACAGUUCUUUAAUGAAGGCACGGUGCCAAAAUGAUAUUAAGGGUCAUUCUGUUGUUGCUUUAAGAGCCAAACAUCUCCGCCAUUUUAUAUGUUAUGUUGACCUUUUUUUGUGUUUAUUAUUCAAAUCUGAUGCACUUUUUAAGAAUAUUUUCCAUUUCAUAAUUUGUUUAAUAAGUUGUGUAUGAAUCCGAUCCAAAAACACACUCUUUUGCUAUUGCUCAGUACUAAGCUUUAUUUCCUUUCCCUUUAUCUGCCUGUGCUGUCAUUGGUGAUGCAGUUUAGAGGUUUUUAUGUAGAACUCUAAAAAAACAAAACAAUGGGUCAUAGGUAGAAUCGAAUGCACUUUGCUUAUCUUUGGACCAGUUUAGCUUGCUAGUCAGUGAUACAAUGCAUAAUCUUUGCUUGUUUAGAUAUCUAAUAUAAAGAGUAAUAUGUUAUAAUAAUCACACUAAAGAACUUUAACCUUUGUUAAAUACAAAAAAAUGAAUUAAUAAUGAACAUUUGUGUACGUUCAACUUCUGCAUUAUGGAUGAUCAGCUUUCCAUGUGACUUUGUGCAUGAACAAAACAGCCAUUUAGUCUGGAUUAUAGGUGUAAUAGUUUCAUGAUUGUACACAUUUAGGCUAACUUGGCAUUUGAUUUUUUUGUCAUUAUGAAAAUAUCAGCAGAACUCUAAAUACACUGUUACUUUAUAGGGAAAAAAGGAUCUGCUGUCCACUGUGCUGAUCACUUUUGUCUUACUGUAGGACCAGAGCUCAUACUGAAUGUGUCUGUGCUUUUAAUGCUGGUGAUCAGUUGCUGUUCAAAACACUUAAAUGUUUUUAAGUUUUCAAAGCAUUAAAAAAAGUUCAAAAAUUGAAUUGGAAUUUUUGGGAUGUUUGUACAGCUCUUUGAAAGCCUGACUUAACAUUUUAGAAUCAUUUCAGAUGACUUUGAAUUGAAUUUAUAAGAGUGACUUGGUGUUUUUAAAAAGUUUU